UCUUUCUUUUUCUUCGUUCCAAUCAAAAAUGUUAGUGAAAUGAACCAUGGUGUGGUGGACUGUUUUCGGUAAAUUCUAUAAAUAAUUCCACAAAACAUAAUUUAAUACAAAAAGUUUAAUAAUAUUAUACGGCCUUCAAGUCUGUUAAGGAUACGAAAUCAAUAAACCAUGGAUGAAUAUACAAGAGAACCAUGUCCUUGGCGUAUUCUUGACGAUUCUGGUGGUGCUUUCAUUAUGGGAGCAAUCGGAGGAGGAAUUUUCCACUCAAUAAAAGGUUUUAGGAAUGCGCCAAUAGGAUUCAAUAGGAAAAUGCUUGGAAGUUUAGCAGCGAUAAAAGAGCGUUCACCUAUAGUUGCGGGUAAUUUCGCCGUGUGGGGCGGUAUGUUUUCAACGAUUGAUUGCUCAUUAGUGUACCUGAGGCAAAAGGAAGAUCCUUGGAACUCGAUAAUGAGUGGAGCACUUACUGGAGGGAUAUUAGCAGCUAGGAAUGGAGUGCCAGCUAUGGCGGGCAGUGCAUUAGUAGGCGGCAUCCUCCUCGCCUUGAUUGAAGGCAUCGGCAUCAUGUUCACACGGCUUACAGCAGAACAGUUCCACCCGCAGCAGCCCAUAUUCGAAGACCCCUCCGUUCUAGGGUCGAACCAAGGACAAAAUACGAAUUUCCAGUAGUUUACGUCAGCAUAAGAUUGUAUUAUAUUUGUACAGAAUUCUGUUACAUUUCUCGAAAGGCACAGUACCAUUUUGUUGCAUAGUAAUUUGAUCAUUGAACUUUGCACAGUUCAUUUGGAUUUUUUAUUGUGCUGUGGCUUCAUUAUGAGCCCAAAAAUGAUGUCAUUUGUCUAUUUAAUACAAAAAACACGUACAACCUCUCCAAAAACCUAUAUCUCUGGAAUAGAGGCGUGAUAUCUUGUUAUGAAUCAGUAAUGUCGUACUGACUCUACAAAAGUUUAAGAUUCUGCCUCCCUGUUAUACUUUUAUAUUGAAAGUAUUUCGCUUAAUUUAUCCCACCAAAAAUUAUUUAUAUGAUUGGACCAAGUUUAGUUAGAAAAUGUAGUUCAUACCCAAUAUGUAUGUUUAUUUGUAGUAACAGAAUACUGUACAAUAACACCAGAUUAAGUUGUUAGUGAACUGUAUGAUUAGUGUCAACCUAUCACAUAGUGACAGUGAAUUAUUUGCAUCUGUGAUAUUAACAGUCCCUGUACUGACUGCUUAUAAUUUCACUCUGUUAUCUGAAGGAAUAUUGUGUAAUUUAUUUUUUUGCCAAUGCAGGAGUAAUUUAAUUUUUAAUAUAUAGUAAAAUAUUGUCUAUGAUUUCCUUUUGACUUGUUUAUUUGUUUCCAUAAGGUCAAAAGUUUUCUGCGUUUUGGAUUCAAUUUUUAAUUCUGAUAUUGAUAGUCCAUGAAGAUAUAUUUGUUCCUGUCUAAGGAUUGUCUUGCCAGAGUUGCGAUUGUUUCUCUAAUGCAGUUGUAGGUAAUAUUUUAUUGUGUGUGUUGUGUCUUCAAUAGAAGUUAUUAUCAAAUAAAGAUUUUUAUAAGAAA